AAAAAUUCAUUCUCUUCCCAUUCUCCAUAUUCGAAUACUCUCUCCACCAAUUUCUCAGCACGGAAUCAUCUGAAAUUUUCUGCUUCCAAAACACGCACAGAGAGAGAAAGGGAGAGAUUUGAAGGGGAAUAAAAAAAAAUGGAGAGAUCGCUGAUUCGGCCCGCCCUCGCUCUGCUCAUAUCAUCUGCAAUCGCGAUCAGAGCUUACAAGCGCAAAUCUCUUAAUCGAUCUGGAGCUUUUCUGGGGUUUUUAGUCAUGUUUAUCCACAUUGCUGUCGGUUACAGGUUCGGAGCUCUGAUACUGGCUUUCUUCUUCACGUCAUCGAAGCUCACCAAGGUUGGGGAGGAGAAGAAGCGAAGCAUAGAUGUCGAUUUCAAAGAGGGAGGGCAGCGAAAUUGGCUACAAGUUCUGGCCAAUAGUGGAAUUGCAACUGUUUUAGUAGUGAUUGUUGGAAAAUUGACGGGAUGGCAAGACAAGUGUUUAGAUUCAAAAGAGUCAGAUCUUAUAACAUGUGUUAUUGGUGGUAUCAUUGGACACUAUGCCUGCUGCAAUGGAGACACUUGGUCAUCAGAACUUGGGAUGCUUAGUAAUGCCCAGCCUCGCUUGAUCACUACCUUCAAGCCAGUUCGGAAGGGUACAAAUGGUGGAGUGACGACAACAGGACUCCUAGCAGCUGCAGCUGCAGGUGGAGUCAUUGGGCUGACGUUUGUUAUCUUCGGAUUGCUGACGGCAACUUGCACUACUGAUGUAGCUCUAAAGCAGUUAUUGGUAAUACCCCUUGCUGCAAUGGCGGGGUUAUGUGGAAGCCUGAUUGAUUCUCUGUUGGGUGCAACUGUGCAGUUCAGUGGAUUCUGCACCGUCCGAAAUAAGGUGGUGGGAAAGCCAGGGCCAACAGUGAAGAAGAUAUCGGGCAUGAACAUCCUCGACAACAAUGGGGUGAACCUCGUCUCCGUCCUGCUAACAACUCUCCUCACUUCGAUUUCCUGCUUGUACAUUUUCUGACUCCUCCCAUCCAUUAAUCUUUUCCAUAAGAAACGAAUGAGUUUCAUCUUUGCUCUUAUGUCUUCCAUCAUAGUGAUAUUGAUUCAGGCCAAAGAAGGUUUAACUGA